GUUGAUCGCGCUUCAUGCGUUACAGUGGUUUUUUGCGAAUCGCAGAUGCAAGUCUCCCUGCGGUGACAAGAACUUCGCGUUUAUUUUCACAUUCGUUAUUGUCACGAUGGCAAAUAAUUGCACCGAUGGCAUCGUGCAUAACGCUCGACAAGAGCUGACCAGUGAGGAUAAGAAAUUUGCAGCAGCAUAUUUGAACGAGACUGACGAGAUUAGAGAGAAUGCCAUCGCAGAAAUUAGAUGUUGGAUUCAAGAAAGCGAUGACUUGCCCACACAAAUCGGAAAUUUUUAAUCUCCACGCAGAUGAUUUUCUUAUUCUAAGAUUUUUGAGAGUCUGCAAAUUUAAUCUCGAGAAAACAAAGGUGAGGAUGCAAAACUAUUAUAAGCAUCGAUCCGUCUUACCAGAAUGGUACUCAAAUAAGAAUCCGUUUCAACCGGAACUGCAAGAGUUGCUUGAAUUGGGGAUAAUAUUGCCCCUGCGAAAACCAGACAACCAAGGAAGAUUGAUUUUUAUUGUGCGUGGAACUCUGCAGGAUCCAAGAAGACACAAAAUAUCAGAUCUAGCUAAGCUUUCUAUAUUGAUGUUAGAAGCAGCGGUGAAGUAUUAUCCAGCUGCAACUGUACAUGGUUACACAUUAUUCAUAGACAUAGGAAAUCUAACUAUACGUCACAUUUUACAAUUCUCAACCUACAUAUUAAGAAAUGCGGCACACACAUUUCAGAACUGCUAUCCUAUAAGGUAUCAAAAGGUAGUUUUUCUUAACGCGUCAUCACUAUUCGAAAUUCUUAUGAGGUUUAUCAGACCUUUUAUGACGGAGAAGUUGAAAAGUAGAUUUUACGUUUAUUCACACGAGCACUGUUUCGAAGAUAUUUCUGUUAAUAUCUUGCCUAUCGAAUAUGGUGGUACUAAUGACACACUUCAGGAAUUAGCAGAAUAUUGGAAAGAAUUUAUCGAGGAAAAUCAAGACUGCCUUACAAAAGAUGAAACCUACCCUGAUAGCAAUACUUUCAGUAAUAAUUCUUGAAUAAUUAUCUACAUAAGUAAGCAAAAAUUUGCUAAGUCCUCUCGUGACGUGUGCUAAAUUUAUGUAGUGAAAGUAUAAGAAUGUGAUAAAAUAUUAUUGUCUUGUAUAUGUAUAUAAUGCAUUCUUCUUAUUAAAUAUUUCAGAAAUUACGUUUACAUUUAUUGUAUUCAAUCAGAUUUUAAAUAAUAAAUAAAAACGUAAUUUA